AUGCGACUGGAGUCUCAGCUCCAGGAAGCUGACGAUGCGGCAACUGAGGUGUCACCGCCUACUUCGACGUUGCGCUCAGACGAAGAGCCUGCCCAAGACCUGAUUCGUGUUGGAGAUGAGGGGCAUGCCCAUUUUAUUGGAGCCUCAAGCGGUAUGGAUGUACGAUUAAUAGUAGUUACUCGAGCUGAAACAAGUCUAGGUAUGUACUUGGUCCGAUCAGUUCUUGAGUCCGCUCAGCAAAACUAUCCAAACUUCGAAUCGCCAUCUGAAACAACGGAAGCUCGAACUGGACCAAAGGAACCAGCUACCAGUAGUACCAGAAUCGCUUUGCCAUCACGAGAAACGGCUAAUAGCCUCAUCGACACGUUCUUCAGCCAAUAUCAGGUUCAGUAUCCCAUUCUCGACCAGCAGGAAUUUAGCAAGGCCGUUGCAGAAUUCUACGCUCGACAGAAUAACAGAGACGGUCAAAAUCGACCAGGAUCUAGCGAGGUGUGGACUCGAUUCAUGCUCAACAUGGUACUUGCCAUCUCUCUCAUGUUCAUGUCCAACGAUCAUAAUGAGAGUACGACACUAUCGAAAGGCUUCACUGCCAAUGCCAUUGAGGAUAUCAGUCUGAUCAUGCAGACCAAGAAUGUCAAAUCGGUUCAAUGCCUUCUCCUAUUGUUGCUUCUCUCGAUUCUCGACUCAUCAUCCGCGCCAGUUUGGUAUAUAUCCGGCCUUUGCAUGCGGAUGUGCAUUGAUCUCGGAUAUCACUCAGAAACCACAAUAGCUAUUUCUUCAACUGGUAACGACACAGAAGUUGAGAGGAUAAGUGAAGCAGAUACAAAGCGAAGGCUAUUCUGGGUAACAUACAGUUUUGAUCGGACACUCAAUAUCCUUCUUGGUCGGCCCUUCACCUUUGACGACUUUACCGUCGACAUUCAUCUGCCGAGACAGUCGCUAGUACCGAAUAAGCGACCACAGAUAUUACACUGGCUUUCACUGCAACGACUCGAGAGUGAGAUCGUACACAAGCUACAUGCAGUACGGCGAGACGAUACAAGCGCUGGCGGAGAGGACACGGACCUUACCCAGUGGACUAAUGAGAUGGCUCAGCGGUUGAAAGGCUGGAACUCAGUAGCCCUGACUCUCACUGACUCUGAUGGUCACAACGUGAACUGGUGGGGCUACUGGUAUCGGACAGCGCUGCUCAUCCUCUACAGGCCAUCGCCCUCUCGCCCGAACUUGAGUACUUCUGACACGUUGCCAUGCUACGAAGCUGCAAAGGACCUUAUUCAGCUCUCAUACCUUCGUAUUAGUGAGGGUCUAAUGGACUUCACCUGGAUAGACUUACAUUUUCAAUUCAUGAGCGGAGUUACCCUCGUGUUCAUCGUGUGGAAGAAUACUCAGGCGCGAAUGAAGGCCAAAGAUGACUGGAUCUCGUUUAAGAGCUGCUUGUUUCAGUGGAAGAGUAUACUUGAGAAGCUGGGGGCACGGUGGGAAAGAAUUGCCAGAGCGCGUGAAGCACUAUCCAAAUUAGCUGAUGCUACUAUCGAUCUUGUCGAGAAGGAUAUGAUGCGAUCAGCAGGAGGAGGGCACCGAUUACCAAUACACCACAACUCGGAGGAGUCUCGGCGGGAUCGAAGGCGUUCUAUCAUACAGCAGCUCCGGAGGCAAGAUUCCGAUGGCGUGUCGCAACGGAACUUGGCCGUUGGAAGCGAUACGAAUAUGCAAGAUUCCAGCCCUCGAGAUGUAAAUCUAGGACAUGGGAACAGAGGAACCAACCAGGUGUAUGGUCUUCAUAUAGAUGCCGAGACUCAACACCAACCAGCAGUUCAUACAGCCGAAUACGGGACACAACCCACGGGCGACAAUUGGGCCGGUUUCGGGACAUCAACAAACACUCAACAAGGGCCCUUUGGCGAAACUCAGAGUCAGAACACUAUAUCAUCAAUGAUGCCAGACGAUACGUGGCCACUCUUCGAUCUUUCAGAUGUAGCAGUCGCACCCGAUGAGCUCAACUUCUGGACAUACUUAUCAGCCCCGAUGCUCGGCGUGGAGGAUAUGUCGACGUCCCAGUUAAACGCUACGGGGAGGCCAGAUGAUUCUUUCACGAAUAGCAUUCUGAACUUUCAUGGAGACUUUAGUAAUAUCACUCCUGAGAUGCCAGUUGAGUAUCCAGAGGAUGGAGACUAUGGGUAUAGCGCUGGGCAGUAG